AUGCCUCCAAAAGGCAAGGCCAGAGCUUUCAAGAGCAAACCAUCUUUGCCCUCAAAGGCUUCAGCAUCGAUACAGGUGCAAUCAAAAGGCGACCCUCCCAAGCCAUUUCAACCCUCUCCGAAACACCUCGAACCUUUCCUCCCAAACCUCUCCAAGAGCCAUGUCUAUAUCACGCACAUCGACGCGAAACCGCGCGACUUCAAACGCAAUAUCUUCGCCGUACCUGUCCUUAUGAAUCUUGUUAUCAUUGGACUUAUAGUAUGGCGCAUUACCAUCGUUGGCCCGUUCUACAUGAAGAUAUGUUCCUCGCUGAUGGGCAAAACAAACGAGACUACGAUGCGCACGGCGAACCUGCCAUUCAACGAGAUAAAAUCGGAAAUCUUACGCCGUAGUAUGACCUUUAUGGUAGAUUUGUUGAUUUAUUCGUUUGUCUGGCCCUGGCCGAAAGCGUUUUUCUUGGGCCAGACAAUUGCGAACCCGGUUAUGUGGAGGUUGCGGGUUGGAUUUAGGGACAAGGAGAUAAUUGUGAGACGGAGCAGAAGAUGGUAUAAUGCCGCAGAAAAUGUGCUGGAUGAAGGCACAGGUCAGGACUUGUUCUUGAGCAAUGUCUACCAGGCAGUGGACCCUAUGUGGAUGAGUGAGAAAACAGGAUACCUUAUGCUAAGCAAAGAUUGGGAUUUGGAUUGGAAGCUCAUGAUUUUGGCUCACAAGUUGGUGGACAAGCACGACAUGAAUUUCAGCGAUUUCAAGACAACCAUAUUGGUUCACAGUGAAGAGUUCGGUUGGGUGGUCAUACAAAGUGCAGCUGCUGGUGGCAGUGCGAAGGAAGAGGAGGGGCGUCGAAAGAUAGUCGCUUUCAAGGAUGAGUUGACCGCCAUGGGGAAGGAGAAUCUCUUCUUCCGUUGGAUUGAGCUUGUUCAAUUUGAAUCUAUCCAACCAGGAGGCUUUGGGCCGGAGCGACAGCAGGAGACGAUGGCUAAAGCAAAGAGGCUAUUUGAGGACCAGGGCGUGGACUUCGAUAGGUUUUGGGCGAAAGUCGGUGGUAUGCAAGGCAUGCCUGGGAUGGAUGAUAUGUAG